AUGGAAAUUUCGGUCCUGUCUCAAGAUCGGAAAUGGGAACAAGUAGAAGCUAGUGAUGUUUUCGUUACCAAUAAACCCGAGCUUGAAUCUGUACUGAUAUUGGGUCAGCCAUGGUUCCAGGAAAAUGCAAUGAACCUGGACUUCCCAAAUAAAACUCUUACGUUGCUCAAUGGAACUAGUUGCGAGUAUCUCCCGAUACAAGAUCUUAAAAAUUGCUGUAGUCUAGAUAAUGUAUGGAAAACCGAAGCGAUUAGAGAAAUUUGCAAAAGAUUAAUAGUGGACUGUACAUUCAUUGAUAAUGAAACAACUGUUAAAGCACUUAUUGACCCUAAAUCCCAGUAUAACAGUAUUAGUAAAACACUUGCCAAAAAAAUAGACUUAUAUAUUACAAGAAUGUAUGGAUCAGAAUAUCCCGCAGUAGAAGACCUUGGUAUUGGCGCAACAAAUGCUGGUAAAAAAGUAAUGGUAAGAGGUUGGCUUCGUGAUGAAAAAGUUUCUGUUUCUUUACCAGACAUUUUUGAAUUAGAAAAGUUAGCUCCACAUGGUCAGUUCUCACAGAAAUAUUUACCUCGCAAUUUAUGUGAAACAUAUGAACAUUUCUUAGUUGUUGACAAGCCAGAAUAUGACUUAGUUUUGGGAAGUACGUGGCUAACGAGAUUGGGUGGUAGGAUUGAUGGACGCGAUGGGAGAUAUUGGGAAUCUAAUGAAGAUAAAAGACUUUAUUAUGCAAGAAGUAACAUUGAUAUAGUGUCUCCUUCAUUAUAUACAUUCUACGAAUUAUUAUUUCCUAAAUUUACCACAAUUAAUUCAGAUGGGGAAGUUAUAUUAACCAAGUUUUCCGAACAUAGGCGUGACUUUGAUGGUCUAAUGGAUGUAUCUCUCCCUGUUAUAAUUGGGACGAUACAAGAUAAUAAUAUCGAUUUUAUUUCCGCAUUCAGUAAUUAUCUCAGAGAGAUUGACGGGGUUAAUCCUAAUCAUUCAUCAUGGGUUACAAAUAAUUAUGUUGAGUAG